AAAGGCGGAUAAUCACGGGGGAAAAACUGGGAGAGAAGCUCCUUUUAAACAAGCAAGUCCUCGGAGAAGGAUUUUUGAGUCAUGAUGCAAGAGUCGGGGACGGAGGCGACGAGCAACGGAACGGCCAACAGUCAAAACGGAGCCUCGGGUCUGGACGGCACGGUCAGGGACGUUAGGUCAAAGAGCAUGACCCCUUCUGUGGAGGUCACGGCAGCCGAACUGGUCAGCAUCCAGCAACAGCAGGCGCUACAAGUUGCUCGCCAGAUUCUUCUUCAGCAACAACAACAACAACAACAGCAGCAACAGCAGCAGCAGCAGCAGCAGCAAAACAGUUCCCUUAAAUCUCCCAAAAUCAGUGAGAAGCAGUCCGGACUCCAGGUUCCUGUGUCAGUGGCUAUGAUGACACCCCAGGUGAUAACUCCCCAGCAAAUGCAGCAGAUUCUCCAGCAGCAGGUCCUGAGCCCUCAGCAGCUCCAGCUCCUACUACAGCAACAGCAAGCACUCAUGUUACAGCAGCAGCAGCUCCAGGAAUUCUAUAAGAAACAGCAAGAGCAACUUCAUCUUCAAUUGCUCCAGCAGCAGCAUGCUGGCAAACAGAACAAAGAGGUGUCUGCUCAGCAGUUGGCAUUCCAGCAGCAGCUCUUACAGGUCCAGCAGUUACAACAGCAGCACCUGCUCAACCUGCAGCGACAGGGUCUUCUGUCCAUCCAGCCUGGACAGGGCAGCCUGCCUCUACACUCUCUCACACAGGGCAUGAUUCCACCGGAGCUCCAGCAGCUGUGGAAGGAGGUGACUGGCGGACACAUGAACGAGGAGAACAGCGCCAGCAGCAACGGACACCGAGGACUGGACCUGUCCUCCUCCACGCCUCCCAAAAACCCCCUCCUCAACCAGCAUGCCUCCUCCAACGGCCAGUACAGCAGCCACAGUCUGAAGAGAGAGGGGUCAACGUUUGAAGAUCAUUCCCAACACAGUCAUCCGCUGUAUGGUCACGGAGUGUGCAAAUGGCCCGGCUGCGAAGCUGUGUUUGAUGAUUUUCAGUCAUUCCUAAAGCAUCUGAACAACGAACACGCACUGGACGACAGGAGCACGGCCCAGUGCAGGGUACAGAUGCAGGUCGUACAGCAGCUGGAACUGCAGUUAGCGAAAGACAAGGAGCGUUUGCAAGCCAUGAUGACUCAUCUUCAUGUCAAGUCCACUGAGCCCAAACCCCCUCCGCAGCCACUGAAUCUGGUGUCGAACGUCACCCUGUCCAAAACAGCGCCCGAUGCUUCCCCCCCUCUCAGUUUAGCCCAGACCCCGACCACCCCCACGACUCCACUCACGCCCCUGUCCCAAAGCCACUCAGUCAUCACUCCAACCAGUCUGCACAGCGUUGGACCCAUGCGGCGUCGCUACUCAGACAAAUACAACAUGCCCAUCUCUCCAGAUAUCGGUCAGAACAAAGAGUUCUACAUGAAUGCUGAUGUCAGACCCCCGUUCACGUACGCCUCACUCAUAAGACAGGCAAUUCUUGAAUCACCGGAAAAACAGCUAACACUAAAUGAGAUCUACAACUGGUUCACGCGAAUGUUCGCCUAUUUCAGACGUAACGCAGCAACGUGGAAGAACGCAGUGCGGCAUAAUCUUAGUCUACACAAGUGUUUUGUGCGAGUAGAAAACGUAAAAGGAGCAGUUUGGACGGUGGACGAGGUAGAGUUCCAAAAGAGACGACCACAGAAGAUCAGUGGAAGUCCAGCGCUAGUGAAGAACAUCCAGACCAGUUUGGGCUAUGGUCCGGCUCUCUCCGCCGCUUUCCAGGCUUCGAUGGCAGAAAACAACAUACCUCUAUACACUACUGCUUCUAUUGGAAGUCCCACUCUCAACUCUCUGGCUAACGCUAUCCGAGAGGAGAUGAACGGGGUGAUAGACCACGGUAACAGUGACGGCUGUGACAGCAGCCCCAGACGCUCUCCGCUGUCCGCCAUGCAUCACAUUAGCGUUAAAGAGGAACCACUCGACCCGGAGGAGCACGAAGGCCCGCUUUCGCUCGUCACGACAGCCAAUCACAGUCCAGACUUCGAUCACCACAGAGAUUAUGAGGAUGACCAGGGGACCGAUGACAUGCUGUAAAGUUGAUAUUCCCUGGUUCUCUCCAAAGGCCAAAACGAACUCAGAUCAGCUGUGACAUCACUCCAGACUUCACAGACCAGGCUGGUUUCCCAGUCCUCUCUGUUGACAGCU